AAGCCGGACGCCGGGAGAGGGGGUGGGGCGGGAGAACCAUGGAGUGCACCGGAAGUGGAGGCCUAGAGCGGCGCCGCGUGGAGCAGUCUCAGCUCUGGACCGCGAUGCUUCUGCAGGCCGCGGCCUAGCCCCCGCCAUGCCUUUCUCCGACUUUGUGGCAGCCCUCAAGGACAACCCCUACUUCGGCGCAGGCUUUGGCCUGGUAGGGGUGGGCACGGCCCUGGCGCUGGCCCGCAAAGGGGCCCAAGUGGGGCUGGUGGCUUUCCGGCGCCACUACAUGAUCACGCUGGAGGUGCCCAGCAAGGACAAGAGCUACCAGUGGCUGCUGAGCUGGAUCUCGCACCACGCCCGGCGCACCCAGCACCUCAGCGUGGAGACCUCCUACCAGCAGCAUGAGAGCGGCCGUGUCACCACCAGGUUCGACUUUGUGCCCAGUCCAGGGAACCACUUCAUCUGGUACGGAAGAAAGUGGAUCCGCGUGGAGCGCAACCGCGAGAAACAGAUGAUCGACCUGCACACGGGGACACCCUGGGAGUCGGUCACCUUCACUGCGCUGGGCACCAACCGUGACAUCUUCUUCAGCAUCCUUCAGGAAGCCCGGGAGCUGGCUCUGCGGCAGCAAGAGGGGAAGACGGUGAUGUACACGGCAAUGGGCGCCGAGUGGCGGCCGUUCGGGUUCCCACGCCGGCGCCGCCCGCUCGCCUCGGUGGUGCUAGAUGAGGGCAUUGCGGAGCGGAUCGUGCAGGAUGUGCAGGAGUUCAUCACCAGCCCCCAGUGGUACAGUGACCGAGGGAUCCCCUACAGACGCGGCUACCUGCUCUACGGGCCUCCAGGCUGCGGGAAGAGCAGCUUCAUCACAGCCCUGGCCGGGGAGCUGCAAUACAGCAUCUGCCUGCUGAGCCUGAGCGACCGGAGUCUGUCCGACGACCGCCUCAACCACCUGCUUAGCGCAGCCCCACAGCAGAGCAUCGUGCUGCUGGAGGACGUGGAUGCUGCCUUCGUCAGCCGGGACCUGGCUGCUGAGAACCCGACGGCAUACCAGGGCAUGGGCCGCCUCACCUUCAGCGGCCUCCUCAACGCACUGGACGGCGUGGCCUCCACCGAGGCCAGGAUCGUCUUCAUGACCACAAACCAUGUCGACAGGCUGGACCCGGCGCUGGUGCGGCCGGGGCGCGUGGACCUGAAGCAGUACGUGGGACCCUGCUCGCGCUGGCAGCUCACCCACAUGUUCCAGCGCUUCUACCCCGAGCAGUCAUGGGCAGCAGCCGAGCGCUUCGCCGACCAGGCCCUGGCCAUCUCAGACCAGCUCAGUGCUGCGCAGGUGCAGGGGCACUUCAUGCUGCACAAGGCGGAUCCCCCCGGGGCCAUCACGGAUGUCGGGGCCUUGGCACCGUGAGCUGCAGCCAGCCCUGGGGAACUGGCGUGACCGUGGGCAUGGGCCCAGGCCCAGAUCUCUUCUCUUCCUACCUCCACGUGGCCUCAAGCUCCUGCUAACCAGGACAUGCCAAAUCCAGGGCCCACCCCAGCCUGCCAGGGUUGCAAGCUGCGCCCCCCGAAAAGCCAGCUGCUGGCCUGCGGGACCUACCUCUGCCCAGAGCCAGCUGCCAAGCCCUGGGCUGGAUGACCUGAAGGGAGCUUGAGCCUGUGAGUUCAGCACAAGUCUUUGCCUUUGGCAUGGAAGAGCCUGGCACAGAGGGAGCUGCGGACACAUCCCUGGAGUAACUUCACCCCCUGCCUGAGCCCAUGGGCCAAGGGGCAGUGCUGCCUGCGGGGGGUGUGGAAGGGACCAGGCGCAUCUUGCGCAGCCUGGGGGUCCCGGCAGGGCUCGGAGGGGAGCUGCUGAGGAGCUUGAGGGUGAAUCUGAGCCCCACGCCUGCCAGUUUAAACCGUUUUCCAGUG